AUGAUACGUAUAUUUAUUUACGAACACAUUUUUGUUGUCUGUAUUUAUCUCUAUCAUCCUCCCCCCGCACAAAACAACAAACACUCCAUAAAAAAGCCAGGAUGGAAGUUGCAUCUGGAAGUUAUCCUUAAGUUGUCAGGAAACAUUCCUAUGUCUCUAACUACUGUGACUACACUUCAUCAAGUUCUUGAUCUGUCAACCAACCAUUUGACAGGACCAACUCCAGUCAAUGGCUCCUUUCAACUUUUCACUCCUAUAAGGUUUGUUUCAAUUUCGCCACCACCUUCCGUUUCUCCACCACGAUCAUCUUCUCCUUCAGUGGGCAAUAGUGCCACUAGGGCUAUUGCUGGAGGAGUUGCUGCUGGUUCUGCUCUGCUGUUUGCUGCCCCUGCAAUGGCUCUUGCUUUGUGGCGACGAAGGAAACCUGAGGAUCAUUUCUUCGAUGUUCCUGCUGAAGAGGAUCCGGAAGUUCAUCUAGGACAGCUCAAGAGGUUCUCUUUGCGUGAACUACAAGUUGCAUCAGAUAAUUUUAGCAACAAAAAUAUUAUUGGUAGAGGUGGAUUUGGUAAGGUCUACAAAGGUCGCUUGGCUGAUGGUUCUCUGGUGGCUAUAAAAAGACAAAAAGAGGAGCGUACUCAAGGUGGGGAGUUGGAGUUCCAAACAGAAGUAGAAAUGGCCAGCAUGGCUUUGCAUCGAAAUCUACUUCGUUUACGUGGUUUUUGCAUGACACCGACAGAACGGGUGCUUGUUUAUCCGUUCAUGGUUAAUGGAAGUGUUGCAUCAUGUUUAAGAGAGCGAGGUGAAUCACAGCCACCACUUGUUUGGCCAAUAAGGAAGCGAAUUGCACUGGGAGCUGCAAGGGGCCUUGCUUAUUUGCAUGAUCAUUGUGACCCGAAGAUAAUUCACGGUGAUGUCAAAGCUGCAAACAUAUUGUUAGAUGAGGAGUUUGAAGCAGUUGUUGGAGACUUUGGGUUGGCCAAACUCGUGGACUACAAGGAUACUCAUGUCACCACUGCUGUACGUAACUCAAUUGGGCAUAUAGCUCCUGAGUACCUCUCCACCGGAGAGUAUUCAGAGAAAACUGAUGUUUUUGGAUAUGGGUUUACGCUUCUUGAACUCAUCACUGGGCAGAGGGCUUUCGACCUUGCUCGACUUGCCAAUGAUGAUGAUGUCAUGUUGCUUGAUUGGGUAACGGGACUUCUGAAGAAAAAGAAGUUGGUAACAUUGGUUGACGCCGAUCUUCAAGGUAAUUAUGUUGAUGAAGAGGUGGAGCAGCUAAUACAGGUAGCUUUGCUCUGCACACAGACUUCCCCAAUGCAACGCCCCAAGAUGUCAGACGUGGUUAGGAUGCUUGAAGGUGAUGGCUUGGCGGAGAGGUGGGAAGAGUGGGAGAAGGAGGAGGUGUUCCGGGAAGAGGUUAACCACACCCACCACCCAAAUACUGACUGGAUCAUUGCCGAUUCAACUUCCAAUCUCAGCCCUGAUGAAUUGUCCGGUCCAAGAUGA